CUAAUAACUCUGAUUAACGAAGCUUCCAAAGAGAUAUGGCAUCGAAAGCUUUGUUGAUCACUAUCCUGGUCGCAGCCGCCGUAGCUCCGGCUCUAGCCUUGGAUUAUAUGGUUGGAGAUGGCGAAGGCUGGAAGUUAAAGGUUAACUACACUCAAUGGGCGGCCGGGAAAACCUUCGUUGUUGGAGACAAUCUAAUUUUCAUGUAUACUGCAGCAGAUCACAAUGUAAUUCCGGUAAGUGGAGCUGAUUUCAAAGCAUGCAACAGGUCGGGUGCACUAAAAGGCCCUUACAGCAGCGGAAAUGACAAGAUUGCCCUUGACGGGCCCGGGAAGAAGUGGUACAUUUGCGGCAAGGAAGGUCACUGCGACGGUGGGAUGAAGCUCGUCAUCUCUGUUGAGGCGGGAGCCCCGGCCCCUGCCCCAUCGAGUGCACCGGCCACCGGCUCGUUGGUGUGGAUGGCAGCUUCUGUAGCGGCUGCCUUCUCCAUGGUCAUGGCUUUUUAAGUCAUCUUUAUUUGCUACCAAUUUCAUUCACAGCUGCUGUCAUUCUUCUUUUUUUUUUCGGUUUCUAUUUUGGUGGUCACUGCCAAAACAUAGAAGUUUGUUAU